CAUAUUUUGGUCACAUGAUUAUGACUACGACUUCCUCCAGACUAGACUCUCCAUUUGCGUGUCGUUCACACGUGGAGGGUAAGUUCCGGUAUCGUGCAUUUCUUUGCAGACCGUGGAACAGUAGCAAUGCCUCUGCAGCCAUGCUGUGUAUGUUCUUCUGACACGCCGAAGUACCGAUGUCCUGGCUGCCGAGCAAAAUAUUGCUCUGUUUCCUGUUGCAAGAAGCAUAAAGAUGGUUUGAUUGAUGAAGAUAAUGAAUCUGAUAGAGUUCCUCCACACAAGCUGAAGCUUCUGGGGGAAUCUGAUGAGUUGAAGCAUUUGCUUCUAAAUCCGCAUCUCAGAGAGCUUCUGAUUAAGCUGGAUCAGGCAGAAGAAAGAGAGGAUGCAAUGAAGAAAUACAUGCAAGAACCAUUGUUUGUUGAAUUUGCUGACAGAUGCCUCAGCGUUGUAGAACCUGAAGAGAAAGAAAAUAGAUUCCCAGACUGAAGACUGCAGAGGACUGUAACUGUAUAUUGGAAACAAGAAUGCAUUUGCAGCAUUCAUUUCUUAUUUUUAUGUCUUACUCAAGCCAGGUUAAAGGAUAUAAAUACCAUCCAAUUAUAUAUUUUUUAUCUGUGGAAGAAACCAAAUAUUAUAAAAGAUUUUAUUGUUCAGUAUUCCAGAAAGUUUCAGACAUUUUCAGACUUUUUUUUGGUGACCUGGUGCAUAGAGCUACUGUGUCAUAAUUGGUAUUAACAGUAAAAAUAUGCUACUGAAAAAAUACUUUCAACUUAUUUACACCCAAAAGAUCACAUUUUUUUAUACUGUAAAGUUUACAGGGAAUUUACCAUUAUAAAAUUUAAUGUACCAAAAAAAAUCUUUAUUUACCAGAUUGUAUAAUUUGUACAUGCAAACUGCAUUAAUGCACUUGGAAGUAUGGACCUGCGCACACUGAUCAUUCCUAUCCAACGACUAGCUGGACUGUGAUCCAUCCCUCUGACUGGUGUCUGUGAAACUCAGGAUUGUUAAAGCUCAAAACCGAAAGAAGACUCGCAUGCUGAGGCCGAAGGAAUAACGGUUCCAUACUGAAACUGAGUCCUGAGUAAGAAAUAUAUUCGUCAGUCAUGCCAAAGGAUUGGGCAGGUUGCAAAUAUGCUUAGUCUGUGUCCAGCCAGAAUAGGUUCAAGGUGAACGUAUCGGGCACAGGUAAAUAUAAAUUCAUGCUGGAACAUGGCUUCAUACUGAAAACAAAGCAAAUGCUUGGGCAAAUGACCAGAAAACCAGAAUGAUAUUUUUUUUAAAGAAAAAAAAAACGAGAAAACAUACCCCCACCUCCAUCAUUUUUAAAAGGUAAUGCAUUUUUUUUUAAGAACAUUAAACAUUCACAAACAAACAAUUCUA